AUGGUGGCCGGGCCCAACCUGAUCACAGCAAGGCUGACCACGGAUUUCACCAACUUACCACCUUUCAUGCGUACCAAGUUCAGCAUGGUCUACGUGGAGCAGCAAGUCGAUCUAUUCCACACCUUCUUCUUUUUUCUCACCUCCUUCGACCCGUACGUGUGGCUCGGCCUGUUGGUGGCGACGAUCACGUUUGCUGUCUUCCUCAUUCUGGCCGACAUAAUCAGCCCGAACAGGAGUCGCUAUGACAUUCUGCACUCGCUUUAUGUGGCCUUCGGUUCGAUGCUUCAGGUGGGGCAAGCGAGUUGA